AUCUCAUGUUUUGGCAGCCAACCAAAAUCCAACAUACCUUAUCCAAAAUCACUCCCUACAUACGCCACACUAUCUUUUUCUUCCCUCUCCUCUAUCUCCAACAUCCUACACGAUCCAACUCACCAGAAAAGGUUAUAGCUUUGUGAACAUGGCAACAAGUACUUCGGCUGUUGUCGCUCCAACCACGGUCAUCGCGUCGGUGGUGAAUUACGGCAGCAAAGCUCGAAAAACAACAUCCAAAGUGGUUUACAUUGGUGGAAUGAGUUGCUAUGGUGGAUUGAAAGCACAUAACAACGUGGUUUCACUUGGGAUGCCGGUGAGUACCGAGAAGUGGUUUGCUCAUGUUGUUAGCAACUUGAAAGGGAAUGACAAAGGAAGAAAGGGUGGUGGUGGUUUAUCGUCUACGUGCAAUGAAACGGCUGAGAUAUUCAAGAUUGCGGCUAUAAUGAAUGGACUCGUUUUGGUUGGGGUUGCAGUUGGGUUUGUUCUUUUGCGUAUUGAAGCAUGGCUAGAGGAAUCCGAGGAGUGAGCACAACCCCUUGUUUUUUCUUUUCUUUUAGGUCCUUGGUGUAAUGUUGAUGUGAAUUUUUGCUGGUUUGUGCGAUCAAAAUAAUUUUGAAAUAAAUAAAAUCAAUUAAUUAUUAUAA